UUGCUGCUAAGUGUGGCAAUUGUCUGUGUGGCGGCUGGUGCCACUAAUGAUCUUGAGAGAAUGGCUGCUGAGCAUCAGAAACAUGUUGAUGAGAUUAAGAAAAAGACUGCUGACGUUGAAGCCAAGUUUAAUGCUCAGAUUGGUAGUAUUCGUACUCCACCUGAAGCUACUCGUAUUGCUGCUGAUAAUGAGAAGGCGCUUCGUGAAGCUGGCAUUGCGAUUUCUGGUGAAAAUGGUGGAGCUGCGGGAGCGAAGACCGAAGGGAAGAAUGCAGCCAGCGUCAGUUCUGUGUGGAUGAGUGUGUCUCUACUGAUUGUGGUUACACUGGCCUGUAUUCUUGUGUGCUAA